CGGGGUGAAGCUAGUCCGCCGCUGGGCGCUGACGCAUGCGCAUAGCUAACCGUACCCGGUUCGGUUCUUCUCUUUUUUUGGCCAGAGGCUCCGAUUGGACUCACCGGCGGGGAAUGAUGGUGGUGGGUACGGGCACCUCGCUGGCGCUCUCCUCUCUCCUGUCUCUGCUGCUCUUCGCUGGGAUGCAGAUGUACAGCCGCCAGCUGGCCUCCACCGAGUGGCUCACCAUCCAGGGGGGCCUGCUCGGCUCUGGCCUCUUCGUCUUCUCUCUCACUGCCUUCAAUAAUCUGGAGAAUCUUGUCUUUGGCAAAGGAUUCCAAGCAAAGAUAUUCCCUGAGAUUCUCCUCUGCCUCCUGUUGGCUCUGUUUGCAUCUGGCCUGAUCCACCGAGUCUGUGUCACUACCUGCUUCAUCUUCUCCAUGGUUGGUCUGUACUACAUCAACAAGAUCUCUUCCACCCUGUACCAGGCAACGGCUCCAGUCCUCACACCAGCCAAGGUCACAGGCAAAGGCAAGAAGAGAAACUAACCCUGAAUCUCCAAUAAAGCUGAUUCUUUGUAGCUUUGUGA